AGGACCAUGAAUAAUACAUUCCUCCUCUCCUGAGACUGCGAAUUUAUUUACGUUAUGCCGUUUCCCGGGCGCACUUCCUGUGGUAUAGUAAGUCGCAGCAAUGGCGGGGAGAAGCACGACCCACGCACGACUUCUGGCAAAACAUCGGGCGGCGAUCGUUCAGGACUUAGACGUGGCUAAGAUUAUCCCCUCCUUGGUGUACACGGGAGUCUUCAGCUUGGUAGAAGAAGGCGAGAUCCUGAGCGAGAGGACACGGCAGCUGCAGACCGAGGUAUUUGUGGACUUGCUCUCGAGGAAAGGUCCCGCGGCGUUUCAGGAAUUUUGCUCGGCGUUGGAGGACAGCUUUCCGCACCUGCUGACGUGCUUUCUACUCGACAACCCCGAUGUGACGUCAGAAGCUGAAGAAGAAAAGUCUCCGUCCAAGGCGCUCCAGCUGGGCUUCGAGCUGGCGCUGAAGGAGCGAGAUGCGGUGCUACGGGAGAACGCCCUGGCGCUGAAAGAGCGCGACACGGCCAUGAAGCAGUACCAGGAGAUGAAGCACGAGAGAGACCAAGCACUGGCCAGUUUAGAGAGUCUGACCACCAAACAGGGUCAAGGACUAACACAAAGGUUUGGUGGAUCGCAGGGCUUACAAGGAUCACCGGUAGAGAGGCAAACACGAACACGAAGGGAAAGACGCAGAGGGAAGGACGAGACAGAAGCGAGAGAGCAGGUGGUUUGGGAACAGUUGAGUUUUACAAUCAAUAGGGCACCAGGGUAUGGUUUUGGUAUAGCGGUGAGUGGAGGCAGAGACAACCCACACUUUACAAGUGGGGAAACGUCAAUCGUUAUCUCAGACGUCUUACCAGGGGGGCCUGCAGAAGGGCUGCUGAAAGUGAAUGACCGUGUAGUGAGUGUGAACAGAGCAUCUCUGGACCACGUAGACCACAGCCAGGCUGUCAACAUCCUGAAGGACAGCAGAGACAGUGCUGUUAUUGUUGUGAAGAGAAGGAAUGUUGUAACCGUGCCAGGGACACCAGAUGACAGACUACAGACCAAGAAAGUCACUCUCACCAGAACCAAGAAGAAGGAAGACUAUGGCAUGAAGCUAGGCUAUCACCUGUACGUAAAAGAAGUGACAGAAAAGGGGCUCGCAGCACAGUCAGGGCAACUGGGGGAAGGAGACCUGCUACUCAAGAUCAACAACUCGUCAGUGGAGAACCUGUCCUUCUCAGAGGCUAAGAAACUCGUGGAGAAGUCGAAGGACAAGUUGGUCCUGACAGUCCAGUCCGAGGGGGACUCCCCCCCAGCCUCCCCCCUCCAAGGCAGCCAGCUGUCAUUACCCAGGGACAGGGGACCGUAUGACACCAGUCCAGACCGUGCGGCCACCCUCCCCCUCGGUGCUAAAUCCCCCCUGCAGUCAGACCCCAUGGAUCCCCCGCAAUCCCCCUUUUCCGAUGAUAAGUACAGAAGAACGUCCCCUUACGCAGACGAGGCGCCGCCGCGACCACCCCUACCCAGGCUAGACACCCCGCUAACCGACUCUGAUGCUCCCCCAAGACCCCCUAUCCCUGGACAAGAGUUGCUGAAUCAGCUCGGACAUUAUGGUGAACCUUCAUCUAGAGACAGUCGAGACAAGCUCCAUGAUGCUGUAUAUGGGAAGAAAUGGAGACAGCCAUUUUACUCGGAGCCUCGGUUAGUGAAGUUCCAUAAGCAGGGUGCAGUAGGGAUCCGCCUGGCUGGAGGGAAUGAAGUGGGUAUUUAUGUAGCUGCUGUACAGGAGGACAGCGCAGCCUACCAGCAGGGGCUACAGCCAGGAGACCAGCUGCUCAGUGUGAAUGAGAUUGACAUGCGAGCGAUGACACGUGAGGAGGCAGUGCUGUUGUUACUCAGUCUGCAGGACGAGAUUAGGAUAGUGGCCCAGGAUAGAAAAGACAAGUAUGACAAAAUCCUGGAAAUGGGCUCUGGAGAUUCUUUCUAUGUCAGGACACACUUUAACUAUGAGAAGCAGGGUAAGGAGGAGCUGAGCUUUAAGAAGGGAGACAUCUUCCACAUCAGAGACACGCUUCACCAGGGGGUGGUGGGGUCCUGGCUGGCAGUACGCAUCGGCAAGAACAACCUGGAGACUGAGCGGGGUGUCAUUCCCAACAAAAACAGGGGAGAUGGCCUGCUGAUUUUGCAGCACAGGGCAGAGCAGCUGGCACAUGUGCAGAACACAGAUGCGAAGGAGUCGCAAAGCGGGAAGCGGUCUGGGUUUUUCCGCCGGCGCAGCUACCGGCGCUCCAAGUCCCUGAACAAAGAACACUGGGAUGAUAUUGUGUUUGGUAGGAAGUCCAAUGCUGGACCGACUACUAAGUUCCCAGCCUACGAGAGGGUUGUUCUGAAAGAACCGGGAUUCCCCAGGCCUGUUGUCAUUUUCGGACCGAUUGCUGACGUAACAAGGGACCGCCUGUUGAGAGAGAUGCCUGACAAACUUGAUUCUGCCCAAAGUAUUAAAAAAGACAAGGAGGCGAAAGGUGGAGCAUCCACCAUUAUCAAGCUGAAUGCCAUCAGAGAUGUAGUGGAGAAGGGUAAACACUGUGUGUUGGACAUCACUCCCAAUGCAGUAGACAGGCUGAACUAUGCCCAGCUGUAUCCUAUAGUCAUCUUCCUCCAGCCUGACAACAAACAAACUGUCAAGGACCUCCGCUCCAGGAUCGCCAAGGGAUCCAACAAGAGCUCACGCAAACUGUUUGAACAGGCCAUGAAGUUAAAGCAAGGGUACUCACACCUCUUCACAGCUGUGGUUCAUCUGUCCAAUAACGACGCCUGGUACAGUAAGGUCAAGGACAUCAUCCGCAAACAACAGUCCCAACCGGUCUGGAUGUCUGAGAACAAGAUGGAAGACAAUGUGGAAGAUGACUUCCUGUUCCCCAUGUCGGCACGCUUCUCGUAUGCCUCCUCGUCUGAAGGUAACCUCGCCACAGCCGUGGACAGUCGUCCCGUCAGCAUGUUCAACACGUCAGACACGUGGGGGGAGACAGGGCCAGAGUCAGGAAGGAUGGGUCGGUCUACCUCAGACCCCAGUCUGACAGUUGAUGGACAGCCCCCUCACACAGGUUCACCGUACGCUCCGCACCCAACACGACAACUCUCGUCUGACAGGCCUGGCAAUUAUUCUCAGUUCCCCCCGGAGAAGGCACCAAGAAGCAGGGACAACUCAUGGUCUGUGAGGCCCCCUGUUGAAAACAACAGGCACAGCAGCCAUGGUCCUUACUACAAUGCCUAUGGGCAUCCACAAGGGGACAACAUGUCAGGCCACAACAGCUUCCCAAGAGAGAACAAUCGGCAUCCACGUUCCUUCUCCAGUAUUGAGCCUUACGCCACACUGCCACCAGACAACGAUCGCUACAGGGACUAUAGUCAACACAACGACACUUGGGGAACGAGAAAGAAAGAGCCUUCAUAUCAAACAGGGUACGGAAACUACGACAAUUACCCACGGAAGGAUGAGGGCGGCUACCCAAGUGAACAGCGGCACAGACCAAACGGGUACAGCUCAAGGGACACAGGGGAAGGUGGUGGUAAGACCCAGCCCCCUCCAUAUGACAGACAUGUACAUCGCGCUUCACAAGUGUUGUCUGCCUCGCGAGAAUACCUGGCUCCUCAGGAUCACAACCAAUCUCCCAAGUCAGCUUUUGGUCAGCCGUCAUCUUACGACAGGCGCACGUUACCCUCGCGUGAACGGUCAGGAGGCUACGACCCCUACAAGUUCACGCGCAUGACCGCCCAUUCCCUGUCACGUGGGAGCAAGACUAGCCUGACUGGAAGCAAUACUCAAAGCACGAACUCCAUACAACGUCCAACCCCCACAUAUCCUAAGAUGCCGCUGUCCAACGGUCCCAUGACAGACCCCCGUCGCGGACAGUACUCGCCGCUGUCUAAGACCAAGUCCGAGCCCCACAUUUCUCACUCCCCACCUGUGGAUUCAGCCAUCGAGAGCAGCGACGUGGUGCAAUCCUCCGUCUAUCCAACCAAAACUAUUCCUGUCAUCGAGAGACUGGACACAGGAGAAGACAGCAUGGUGUCCGACACUGGAUCUAACCAAUCAGAGAACAGGAGGGACAACGGCGCCGACUCUGCGCGUCUGCAGAUGACGCCAGAAAGAGAAAGGGACGUGUAUAACCGUUCCUACAGAGACGGGUUGAAGCCAGCGGUGUAUUCCGCCAUGGAAUUCAGGAGGAGAACGCUGGACGACCUGAGGAUUCCCAAGACUCAGCUGGACCAUGUUCCGACAUCAGACUCCGUGGUGAUGUCCUCAUCUGGUGACCAGAAGGUGGACCAUGCCAGUGAACUAGAACCAGACGAGAACCACACGGUGAUAGCAACAGCACGGGGCAUGUUUGACUCCAAUGGAGGGGUGCUGUCCAAUGCUGAGACUGGAGUCAGCAUUAUAAUUCCCAAGGGAGCAAUUCCAGAGGGUACCAAACAGGAGAUCUACUUCAAGGUGUGUCGAGACAACAAUAUCCUGCCGCCACUGGACAAGGACAAAGGUGAAACCCUGCUGAGUCCACUAGUGAUGUGUGGUCCCCACGGGCUGAAGUUCCUGCAGCCAGUGGAGCUGCGCCUGCCACACUGUGCUUCCAUGACACCAGAUGGCUGGUCCUUCGCUCUAAAGUCCAGCGAUACGUCCACAGGCCAGCCCACCCAAUGGCAGAACAUGACCCUACCAGGGAUGAACAACAACUCCCAGUGUCAGGUGGGAGCCAGCAGCGUCUCCGUAUUGGUCGACCACUUCUCAUGGUUCGCACUGAUUGGCUGGCCCAGGUUCCACCGGUACGAUCACACAGGGUCCAUGGGAGGAGUCAUCACAACAAACAUCAACUGAGAAUGAUUGACAGCUUUGUCAGUGGGAGGUUUCACAACAACAGACACCUCGUUACGAUUGACAGCUCUUUCUAUGGGAGGAUUCACAAGAACAGACAACAGAUUAUUAUUGACAGCUCUGCCAGUGGGAGGAGUCACAAGACAGCUAAGAAUGACUGACAGCUCUUUCUGUAGGUGGAGUCACAAGAACUGACAAUGAUUGACAUGCCUGUGUGUGGACUGGACCAAAUGUUCCUGCCUGUCCUUAAGCAGUGUAUCCAUAUGGGAAUACAAAAAGCAUUGAUGCACUUCCCCCAGAUACGGAAUUGAUUUUAUCUGUUUGGAUGCAGUUUAUUUUUAAUUUUUUUACCCAUUUUUAAUUCAAUAUAUGAAGAUAUCCCACGUUUAAGUUUUGAAGGGCUGAUACUGUACAUUAAUGUGAGAAGUACCCAAAAACAAUGUGGAAAUUCUCAGCUUAAGAUUCCUAAGACAAAUAGGAAAUGGCUGCCAACAUAUGCGAUGAAGGCUGUGAACUGCUGACAACAAGGUCUGUUCUCAAUUAAUUACACACUGUUACAAAAUUGACAUUUUUGGAAGAGCACCUUUUUUGUUGAGAUCUUGUUUUUAUUCAAAUCAAGGCAGAUCCAAUAUUUUGCCAUAGAAAAUUUUUCCCCCAGAAGUGCCUUUUUACUUAAACAUCUGAAACAGAAAAGGCAGCUAGCAUAAGGGCCAACUUGACAUGUGGGAUAUAAAAUAUAAACAGCAAAGUGCAUAAAGAAGAUGAGAAAAUGGCAAUGUUUAUGACUGAAACAGCAAACUUGUGGAUACACACUAAAUACCCUCAGAAAAUGUUGAAACAUCCAUUUGAGAGGUUGGGGAGGGGGGCAUUUGUUAGCAAGUCGUGUAGCUUCUCUUGUUUUUAAUUUUUACCCUUGUACAUAGGAAUAAGCCAUUACCUUUUGUGCCAAAGAAUUCAGAAGAUUAAGAUUUAACCGUAAGUAUAUGUGAUUAACUAAAUCCUUGUAUACAACAAGUGGAAUGAAUGUGUGGGAUGACUGUUAGGGUAGUUCAAGAACUUCUAGUAGACUGAUAUGUUCGAGGAAGGAAGAGGGAAAAGUGUACUUAUGUCCAAAUAUAUGAACAACGAUGCAAAGACCUGUUGUAUUACACAUUUACAGGUUUGAUUUUUCUUAUAUAGCAAAACCAGUACAUGUUCCAGGGAGAGAUAUGCCAACUGUAUUUCUUGUGCAGUUAUUUUCCGUUUUCAUACUGGUAAUGUAAGGAAAGAUUCUCAAAAGCAGAGGUCAGUUAAAUGAUGUUGAAAGGUUUUGUAUGAAAAUAUUUAGUUAAGAUACAGACUUGGCAUCUACUAAUGCUACUGCAGUCAUAUCAGUCGAAAUGGGUGAAGUUUGACGGUUGGAAGCGGAAAAGUUUGGGUUUGUUUUGUACAUCAAAGUAUUUUUCUACUCAUACUGUAACAACUACUAUUAAUGGCAAUCGUAGUACUUCAGAUUGUACUCUAAGCUAUAUUCAUUCAGUUAGUGCAUGAUAAAAUUCAGGUCUGAUAACUGCUACUAGUGAUAACUUGAAAAUGUAAUGCACGUAUCUUCCAGCGUUCUUGCUGUGAAUUCCCAUAUAUUAAGCUAUCAUUUUUCUAAUAUAAUUGCUUAGUAUUAAUUAAGACUUUUCCUAACUUGUGCAAGCUUCUCUAUAAUGUAUACUCCUAUUAACUGAGUUUCUUCAGUAAUGGUCCUGUAUGUGCCGAUGGUACCAUGGUAAAAACAGACCAUGUUUGUUGUGGGUUAAGUGAGGCUCAGGCCAACAUCAGGGCAUCCCUUUGUUACACUGCAUGGAAUCCAAUCUUUAAGGACGCCUUACAGUGUUCAUAAAGGUAUUACAGAAGGGUUGGCCUGGUGUAGGUGCAUUACUGAUGCGUUUUCUCUUUAUGAUACAAGCAUGCCACAAUGUAUUUUGCAUAAAUCUGACUGACUUCAGCUGUUACAGUGUCUGUCUUCCCUACAAUAGACAAUGAUUUCCUGGGAUGAUCAAAGAACCUCAGUGGGAAUUCUCAAGAAGUUAUUUUCAUUUACGGUUAGAGGGUCUCUUUCCAACUUUUCUAAGAAGUAUAGGUAUUGGCUGUCUUUAGACUGAAAGAAAAGGGGUGCGUCACAACAUACACGUUUUAUCUUCCAGGAUGGAUAUUCACUGUUGGAAUAUUUUGUCAUCAAAAAGGAAUAAUUAUUUGUAGGUGAGACAGGCAUCUAGUAUAUAUUUUGCUGAAGGAAUUCUCUUCUUUUGUAACAAAUAAAUGAAAUCAUACUGCUGUA